GUAUUUUGAAAUAGAGACCAUUAACAAGCCGUGUGUGUUCCAUAGACUGUAUAUAAAUAAGGUCUGUUCCUGUCGUCUUGCUCCUUACUGCCUCCCAGAGGAGGUUGUAAUAAAAAGCCAAGUGAAUCCUUGAAGUGCUCUUCAGUCAGUGCGCUCACUCCUUCUCCACUGUGCCACUGUCAUCACUCCACCUCGGAGACAGUUAGUGUCUCCAGCCUCUUACUUUAUCAGAUUUUUCCAUCAAAGACUACCAUGAGUGAAAUAUUUUUGCUUUUUAUCCACGGAGCCUUGGCUAAAUUAAAUAAAAGUGCGCCCUGCCUUUGUUCGGAUAUCUUUUUAAAUAUUAACAAGUUGUAAUGUCAUCUCUGACUGGAAGAGGAGACAGAUUUCCUGCCUCGGUGAGAGAAACACACUGGAGCUCAGAGGUGCAGCAUCACUGUGAGCCCGUCGGCUUUUCUACCAGUAUUAACUGGAAACACUGCCCACCCCAGGAGCGCCCUACUCCUGAGGGGGCCGGGAGGUCCAGAGGCGACCCGCACCGGAAUAUGUGCCAGAGAGCAGACGCUGUCCCGUCAUACAAGUCCCUCCCUGGGACCCUCGGAGACCGCAUCAGGAGUACAAUGUCCUCUGGUAGUGGGACUGUAUGUAGAGGGACCAUGUCCGCCUUCUCCGGCUUUGGGAGGUCCGAGAGGAAAGUUGCGUGUUGUGAGAAGUGCUCAGCGACCCUUGUUGCUCUGAAGAAACAAGCUCUGAGUCUGGCUGUCCACCAUCACUUCUCCUGCAAGGAUUCUAGUGACCUGUCUGUGUUUCUUCACGACAACCUUCGCGUCCAUAGUCGCUCCACCAAUGAUCCCAGAGACAGAGAGAGGGAGCAGGGCGAGUGUGGAGCCUGCGGCUUAAACCUAAACCAGCUCAAACAAGAAGCCAUCCACUUGGCUCUGAGCAGGGGUCAGUCAUUAGCUAAGCCUCCCUUUGAACCCAGCUUUAGCACUGCUACGCUGCUGGGACAAAGUGAGACAAAGCAUGGAGACAGAGCUCCGAGGGAAGCUGUGCAUCAACCACACAGUCCUCACAGUCCAAGAAGCCCGAGGACGCCUCAGAGGACCCCUCAAACCCUCCGACGGAGGGGGCCCAAGCUCCCCAACCCCGAUAUGGACCGCUGGGUAGAAGAACAGCAGCAGCUGGUCGUUUCUAAAUCUGCGUCAAAUGCUGAUGGUGUCACCAUGUACUCUUACCAUAAGGCUGCAGAUGAUGCUGCGCUCGGCUGUGGCACCGUACAGACGACCUCAAAGAUCCCUCACUUAUCCAGAGUAGUGACCAUAGCCAAUACUGCUGCUAUGUCCCUUUUAGCCAGGGCAGCCGAGAAGCUCAACCUGACAUCGAGGAAAAAAGGCCAGGCUUCCGAUCCAUCUCCCGCUCAUUUCUCCACCUGCUUCAGGGAGAUGAUCCAGAAAAAUCCCCCGCCCGUCCCCUCCUGCCUGCUUCAAGCUGCCACUAGAACCAAAGACUCACCCAGUGUUGGCAAGGUCAAAGUCGCAUUGAGGGUGAGCCCAAUGCUGUCAGAGGGCCAAGGCCAACCACCUGUUCUCCAGAUUGAUCCAUCCAAAAAAAGAGUCAGCAUCAUGGAACCAGUCAGCAAAAGCCAAUCACACGCUACAAUGACACUAGGCAGGGAUGCCACAAACCUUCUGAAGACCAUCAACUUUGACGCUGCCUAUCCUCAGGAGUCAAGCCAGGCCGAGGUGUGCGCGGGCGUCUUGGCUGAUGUCAUCCGAUGUGUGCUCAGCGGCAGCGAUGGAUGUGUUCUCGGUUUGGGAUGUGCUGAUGUAGGCUCCUGGUCCAGCAUGGUGGGGAGUGGUGAGAGCAUCCAGAAGCUUGGACUGGUUCCCUGUGCCAUCUCCUGGCUGUACAGUGCCAUCGAGCGUCGGAGGGAAAAGACGUGGACCGAUCUGACUGUAUCAGUGUCUGCUAUAGAGCUUUGCUGUGGAGAGGAGGAUACGCUGAGGGAUCUGCUGGGGGAGGUCGUCCCCUCUUUAGGCAGUGUCCAGGACAGCCCCAAAGCCCAUAUUAAACUCCAAGACGACCCUGUUUAUGGGAUUCAGCUACGUAACCACAAUCGGGUGAAAGCUCCGACUGCUGAGCGGGCUGCUUCCCUCCUGGAUGCGGCCAUUGCAGCACGUCGGCACAGUGACUUCAUUACAUACCUGUGCCACAGCUCCAUAAUGUUCUUCACUCUCCACAUCCAGCCCCCUCGUACAGAAAGCAGCACCAUUGGCAAAGGCUCACGUGGCCCCACUAAGUUGACCAUGAUAGAUGUGUGUAGUGGUAUAAGGGGUAUGACCAGGAAUAAACCUCCAUAUUCUGAACUGGGCAAUGUUGUGUUGUCUCUACUAAGUGGACAUAAAACCAUUCCCAACAAGGGUAGCAAGUUGACUAUGCUCCUUCGAGAAGCCUUGGGUCAUGUUAAUUGCCAUACAACAGUGAUCGCUCAGGUUGAUGAUUCACUGGUACACCUUCAAGAGACCUUAUCUACUAUCCAACUGGCUUCAAGGAUCCGCAGGACGCAGAAGAGAACAAAGCAGUCCACCUCAUGUUCUCCUUGCGGGAGGAGUUUGACUAAAGAAAAGAGAGGGCCUCCAUUGUCCCUGCGAGCGUUCCAUUCCACCGAAGAGGUAGAUGUUGACAUCCCUCGUUUCCGUUUGCGUGGUGAACUGGAUGAGCGCUCCAGUAGUGACCAGUCCUGUGACACAGUUAUCCAAAUAGACUCGGAUGGCUUGGUCCAUUCCAAAGGAACUUCAAGACUGGCACAACCUGAAUUUGUGCCCAUCAUACCCUCAUUACAUCCAAACAAGGCUGACAUGGAUGACCCAGAGUUUACUGCAUUGCUCCAAGAGCUUUUGAGAAUUCCUCAGCUGCAGGGAGAGAAGAAGAACGAGGAAACUGUUCAAGGGAAUAUUGAAGUGCUGAAAGCAGACAUCAAGCAGCCAGUGAGGGACUGUCUUAAAUGUGACACGUUUGCUGAACUUCAAGAGCGCUUGGGCUGUAUCGAUGGAAGUGACGCAAUAAUGGAUAUGCUCAAGUCUUCCUCAAAAGGCCCGUCUGUUAACAAUGUCACAACCAAAUCAAAGCCCCAGAAAGAACCAGGGAAACAGGCAGACACCGACUCAUCAGAGGCACCACAGACAUUGUUGAAUCCUGGGUUAGGCUGCAGUCAGACCUUUGUCGGAGAAACACAAACAGAUGGUGCCUUCCCUGGAGACACCUUUCAGAGAGAGGAUUCAGGCCUGUAUGACUGUGAGGAGUGCAGUGGAACCAGUUCCAGUGAGGAACUGCUGAAUCAAACUCUCAGUCUUAGCAUGAAUGGAACUCUUAAGUCAGGUGGUAAGCUCUCUUCUCAGGACUUUAAAGUGGAUGUUCAGGGCAAGACUGCCACCAGUUCCCCUGCACGUCAGCCUCCAAAUAAACGGGAGAGUCCUGAAGCUGCUGAUUGGUUCAAACCAGACAAAAGGAUUUCACCAGUUGGCAAGAGUUCUCCCAUAUCUCCAACCUCCUCCUGCUCCUCUUCACACUCCUUGGCUACCAGUGUUAUACUUGGAGAUGUCUUACCUAAUCGCCCUGCAGAGGAUGUCAAGGAAAUGAAAGCCACUAUCACUGUAACUGUUCAACAGCCACUGGACUUAAAAGGCCAAGAUGAACUUGUUUUCUCUAUGGUGGAGGAAGUGACCAUCAGUGGAGCAUUGGACAGGGGGAGGACAGGUGGAAACAUUAUUUGUAUCAGAGACAAUGCCCAAUCACAGGCACAUGUGCGAGGCUCUGCCAACUCUAAACCAAUCCGGAUAAUCAGCAAUGUCAGUGAAGAAACUGUAGCCACAAGUUCCUCUAAUGCAAGCCAAACCUCUGCUGCUCAAUCUGUAGCUACAGAGGCUAACAACGACAAGCCCCAGCAUCAAUUCAGAAGGGAAAAGAGGUUCUUACCUUCAUUUAUCAAUCCCAUGCUGAUUAAUACAGAUAUGGAUUGUGAACUGGAUGGUGCGAAAGACAAAGGAAGUCUUCAUGAUGCUUUUACAGGAGUCAAGGUCCAAUCUGAGCUCAAAGGAAAUAGUGUCAAACCUCCAGAAGAUAAGAAGGCACUUGAGAAGAGGAAUGGGGCUUCUAAGACACAUACCAAAGAGUCUGACAAAGUAUUUGACUCAUCUUUUAGCCAAAGCUCUUAUGCCCCAAUGGUCUUGGAAGAUGCAGCUUUGUGUGAAACAGCAGAAAACAAAAUGUGUGGCAAGAGGCCAAGACAUUCAGACAAGAACCACCCUAGAGACAGGGAGCAUGUUUAUUCCACGAACACACCAAAGGUCUCAGAGGGGGGAGAAAUGGGUUUCAGACGUGUUGGCAACGCCCCCAAGGGAAUUGGGGUUUUACCUUGUUGCCAAGAAACCGCCACUGCGUCCUUUAAAACAGGUAGUUUGCCUAGAGGCUGGCAAAAUGCCAACCAACAGGACAGCUACUAUGGCAGUCACAUGGCAGACUACCACAGAGACCCAAGGGGGGUGACAUCAUCCACACCGUGUAGCCCAGGAGUAACUCUGGAGAGGAGGCAAGGCAGACAGCACUCCCCAGCAAACCACAGCCACCAUGUCUCCUCUCCAAGAAAACACGGAGCAGAGUACAAACAGCAAGCUUUUAGUGCUACUAGAAAGAGUGUUGAAUCUUUAUUUGACACAAGAAUGAAACAUAAUAGUGAAAGGCCAAAAUCCCCUAAUGAAGACAGUAGCAGGCUUUUUAGUGCCAGACUGGAGCAGCUGGCUACGAGGACUAAUUCCCUUGGGAGAAUCCCAAGAGACUUCCCAACUCUUGAUAGAGGCAGUAGCAACACCUCCGUGAGCUCUAAGGGCAGCUCCAAGGGAAGCACUGAAGGGGCUUGUAAGGGAGGAUAUAAAGGUAAUAUUGAGGGAGAUUGUACAUUACCAAGAUCUAGCAGGAGCCCCAGGAAGAAUCCUCGGACUGACCAGGGUCAUCACUCACUUUUUUAUGAAAAUCCUGUAACUCAAUCUGCAAGGCAUUCACAUUCCAAGCUAUCUGCUGUGGGAAAGCUUAAGAUGUCAAGCCCCAAAGUCCGUCGGCUGUCUGUCCCCAGCAUCAAGAACCUCAGUCUCCCCCACAAAGGCCUGCAGCAGUCCAUCAACCGCAGUGCUAGUCUUUCUCCAGACAGUAAAACUGUUAGCUUUGAGCGGACAUCCUCCUUUUUCUCCUCUUCCCCUCCACGGUCUUUCCGCUCCAUCAGUCGGACUCCGAGCCAGAGCUCCACAUGCUCAUCCACAAAAUCUGCAAUUCAGGGGUUUGUCAAUGGCCGGAUCUCAGACCUGCUUAAGGAACGGGCCUCCAGCCCCACUUUAGGAGGGCUGGACCUUCCCUCGCCAUACAGCCAGGUGACUGCUCCCCGUAUGCCUGAUCACCAGAGUGGACACGCGAGUGACACCACCAGUGUGUUGAGUGGAGAUUUGCCACCAGCUAUGGGGAAGACAUCCCUGAAUUUUUCCAACAGGAACAGUAUGGUGAGCAGUGGAUAUGACAGCAUGAUGAGAGACAGUGAAGCCACAGGCAGCACCAUCUCAAACAGAGAUUCUGUCAGCGACAGGAGCAACUCUCUCCUGAGUGUAGCUCGAAGCAGUCGAUCAUCUCGGCGGAGAGGCAACACAGGUAGUCACCAGCGUCGUCUUUCCCAUGAUGCACCUCUGUCGCUGAGACGGUCUGCUAGUGGUCUGCGGUCUGGCUGGGUGGAUCGGGGCAUCCCAGAGGCCUACGAGAUCAAGGUCUAUGAGAUCGACAAUGUGCAGAGGAUGCAGAAAAGAGCAGGUGCUGACAAACAGGGGUCCACAUGCUUCAGCGCCAAGCUAAAGUUUUUGGAGCACCGUCAGCAGAGGAUCUCAGAGGUCCGAGCCAAAUACAACAACCUGAGGAGAGAGUUAGAGCGGUCCAAACACAACCUGAUGCUGGAGCCUGCCAAGUGGAACCAAGAGUGUCAGUCAAACUGUCCCUCGUCAGUGGACCUGUGGCAGACCUUCGAGGUGGACUCCCUGGAGCAUCUGGAGGCCCUUGAACUGGUGACGUCCCGGCUGGAGAACAGGCUCAGCCUCUGCAAGGCCAAUGUCAUGAUGGUCACCUGCUUCGACUCAGGCGCCAGGAGACGUCAGAAGAAGCGACGGCGGAGAGCAUCAGAGCAGAGAGCCUUGAAGGGAAUCUGA